CGGUUCACUGCUUUGGGCAGAAGCGGGCUGCGUUGAAUUGAGAAGAGCGCAGGAGAAGGAGCCCGAAGACAGAGGAUCCACUUCUACAUUCCGCGCGGAGCGCGUCCUCCUUCGCGGCCGAAUAGCACUCCCCGCCGCACGCUUUUCGGGGCCUCACUACGAGAGGCCCCCAUGGCGAUGCCCGCACAGGCCUUGGUUUCAUUUGAAGAUGUGGCCGUAACCUUCACUGUGGAGGAAUGGGGACAGCUGGACCCUACUCAGAGAGCACUGUACCAGGAGGUGAUGAUGGAGACCUGUGGGACCACAGGGACAACUGACUCUUCCAAGGAGACAUGCCCUGGAGAGCUGGCUUAUAAUCAUGAGGCUUUGGAGACAGAUGAUGGUCUCUGUUUACAAGUCUUACAGGAGCAAGCUACUCCACGAGAUUCUUACCAUGAACAUGAUUCUCAAGGACCAGAAAAAGAGCGUGUGGUUGAUGUAAGGAGCCUUUAUCAGUGUAAAGACUGUGGGAAAGUGUUUAGGAACAAUCGGACCUUAGUAUGGCAUCAGCAGAUUCAUGCUGGAGCAAAGCCUUAUGAAUCUAGUGAGUGCGGGAAAAUGUGUCGUUCCAUGGCUGGCUUUGUUCAGCAUAUGAGGAUUCACACUGGGGAGAAGCUACGUCAGUGUGUCGAUUGCGGGAAGGCCUUCAAGCGCAGUUCUCACCUCACUGAGCACCAGCGGCUGCACACUGGAGACAAACCCUACAAGUGCACCUAAUGCGGGAAGACCUUCUCCCAUUGCUCCACUUUCCUCCAGCACAAGGUGACGCACUCUGCAGAGAAGCCUUUCCUGUGCAAAGAAUGUGGGAAAGCUUUUUGCUACAGCUCUUCGUUUGUUCAGCAUAUGAAGAUUCACACCGGAAAGAAGCUGGACGAGUGCGGCCAGUGCGGGAAGUCCUUCAUUCACUCCUCCACAUUGGUGAAACACAAGAGAACCCACACUGGAGAGAAGCCCUAUGAGUGCAAGGACUGUGGUAAAACCUUCACUCACCACUCCACGUUUCUCCACCACAGCAUGACCCACACCGGAGAAACACCCUUCGUGUACAAAGAAUGUGGGAAAGCUUUUUGUGUCAGCUCAUCCUUCAUGCAGCACAUGAGGAUCCACACUGGAGAGAAGCCAUACGAGUGCAGUGAGUGUGGAAAGGCCUUUACCCAGCGCUCCACUUUUAUCAGGCAUAAGAGGACCCACACUGGAGUGAAACCCUUUGAGUGCAAAGACUGUGGAAGGGCCUUUUGUGACAACGCUUCUCUGAUUCAACACACGAGGCUUCACACUGGCAAGACGCCCUAUGAAUGUGAUGAAUGUGGCAAGGCCUUCACCCACCACUCUGUUUUCAUCCUACACACUAGAACCCACAGUGGAGUAAAACCCUUGGAAUGCAAAGAAUGCGCAAAAGCCUUUUACUAUAGCUCGUCCUUCAUCCGACACAUGUGGAUCCACACUGGAGAGAAGCCUUAUGUUUGCAGAGAAUGUGGGAAAGCCUUCACUCAACCUGAAAAUUUUCUCCGGCAUAGUAGGAUCCAUACUGGAGAGAAACCCUUCGAAUGCACAGUGUGUGAGAAGGCUUUUUAUGACAACUUUUCCUUGAUUAGGCACAUGAGAACUCACACUGGAGAAAAGCCCUUUGAGUGCAGUGAAUGUGGGAAGACCUUCAGUCAUAAUUCAUCCUUUAUUCAACACCAAAAGAUUCAUACCAGGGUUUAAAAGAUAGGGGCAGUGUUUCCCUCCAUCCAUUUGAACAAGCACAUGCUAGAAAAAUACUUUUCAAUGUCAGUAUCAGGGAAAAUCCUAUGGCCAGAGAAAUAAUUUAGUUUCUGGAAAAUUAUACUGAAGAGACACUUGAUUGUCAUUCCUAUAACAAGUUUUUGUCACAGUUCAUCACUUGCCAUCUAAAGAAUCAUAUAUUAAAAAACAGGCCAGCCUAAGCUCUGCACAGUAUCUGAAAAUUAUCUGGCGUAAAACCCAGUUUUGCUAGCAUUUGGUUAAAUGCCAGAAAUAAUCAUCCUUUUAUUUAUUCAUCAAAUCUAACGAGCAUUUUAAAGCAACAAGGAACAAUAGGGGGGAGAUAGAUGAGCAAAGAUGAAAAAGAAAUGUUUGCAUGACCUCAGAUUUUCCUAGGAAGCAAUGGAAUUGUCAUGAUAACACAAGAGAUCUAAAAGACCUCACUCCCAUGUGUUUUCACACUGCCAAAAGAAUUGCACCAUUAAGGGCUUU